AUGAUGGCCACCUCGCAUCUAGUCUCCGAGGCAAUGGCGAACGCGCGCCCCAUCACCUACGCAGAAGCCGACGCGCCCCAGAGCUCCUCGGAGGCCGGAGACGAGACUGCCGCCGCCGCCAGCGCAACCGCCCGCUACAGGACCGUCAUCCGCAUCUACAUGCUCUCGACCGGCGACGACCCGGGCUCCGUGUGCGAGCUCAAAGGCUCCAUUCGAACAAACGCCGGCGGCCAGACCAACGUCCGGUCCAUCAGCGAGGAGUUGCAGGUGAAGAAGAACUGGAGCAGCGAGAACGGCGGGUUGGGGCAUCUUCUCGCUUCUGUGACUAGGGAGACGGUCUUUGUGCCCGCGACGUUCUCGGGGUAUCUGUAUGAGGAGGGGAGUGUCGUCCAGGGGGACAGGGUGAUUUUGAACCAUGCGAUCGAUUUUAGUACUACAGGGAUUGAUUGGGCGAACGGGAGUGCGUGGAAGGUGAAGAGUUGGAAUACGGGGGAUAAACGCUACGCUUGUCAUUUUUGGUGGCGGGUGACCAAACUGGCCUGA